CACAAAGCUCAGAGAACAUCUUGAAGCAUCUUGACUCAGGCUGCCUACCAGAAUGAAGUUAGCUCUCCAGUGUGCUCUGUGCUGUAUCCUCCUGAGCUUAGCAAACAGCCUCCAAUGUUAUCAUUUCAAAGGAGCCCCGGACCAGGCCCUCCAGAAACAGGAGGCCAAGAACUGUGAAGGCAACAACCCAUUCUGCAGCUCGUCGGUCGUCAUCUACAACGGAUUACUGCGUGGAAAGGUGGUGGUGAAAGGCUGCAGUCAAGGGGACUCGUGCAAUAAGACCCAGACUACCUCCAUGAAGGCUAUCGAGACCAAUCAGACGAUGCUAUGCUGCGGCACUGAUCUGUGUAACAGAGAUAUGCUACCAGAUGAUAACGAGGAAUCCGCCAAGUGGGGAGGAGAGUGCUUGGCCUGUAACGGCCCUCCGUUGGCAUGCGGAGGCGAUGAUCUGCCAAGUCUGCAGUGCGACUCCUCCGGCGAUAGCUGUAUCCAGGUCUCCAUCACGACAGCCCUCAACCAAGAAGUGCAUCAGAACAUUAUAAAAAGUUGCAGUAACGCCUCUACGUGUCCCGGGCUCGCCGCGUUCAGUAACGGGGAUGACGCCGUGUCCUACGCUGCUAACCACCAAUGCUGUAACGGCACGCACUGCAACGCUGGGUACUUCACAGAAACAGACCCCGGGGCAGAGAACGGAUUAGAAUGCCACUGCCGAGCAUCCUCAAACCGUGUGGACAGAAUGAAGUGCAGGGGAGAGAUGACCCGCUGCGUUGACUUGAUAGGCUCCUCUCCUCUUGAUAUCGUGAUGAGUGGAUGCGCCACCGAAGCCUUCUGCCAAGGACUCUAUCCCAAAUUCAGUAUUCCGGGAUGGUUGAAUACCACGUGCUGCUCAACAUCUCUCUGUAACCAUGGCAAUGACACUAUACCCUACGCAUCGUGAUCGACGAAAAAUAAUUUGUCAUCUAAUGGAACAUUCAGUUACGAUGCUUAGGGGAACAUCUCCUGAAACCUUAACUCCUCUAGAGUCAUCUGUAUUGAGCACUAGCUUAACAAUAACUAAGGCACCAAGUUAAGACCUAAUACUUGGCAGCAUUGUUUUCUCUAUGACGCGUCACUACACUGCUCGUCCACUAGACGGCAAUGUUUCAAAAUUCAGAUUUUUCUGUAAUUUAAAGGGCCCCUAUCCGUUAAAAUUGAAUAAAUAAAAGAUAUUCCACUUUUCACAUAAAAAUGAUUUUUAAUGAUUUUUUUGCUAUUAUUUCUAAAUGCAAU